AUGCCAGAUGUGAAGACAGUCAGUUAUAGCCAAGACAACGCUGGCUGCUACCAUAGCGGGUUUAUCAUAGCCUGCGCAAACGUGGUAGGAAAAGAGUCGGGCAAAGCGAUCAAACGAUUGGAUUUUUCAGAUCCCCAGUGUGGAAAAGGAGCUAGUGAUCGUAAGGCAGCCUUGAUAAAGUCACACAUGCACAUUCACUUAAACUCUGGCAACGAUAUCGUGAAACUCGCGCAGAUGGUUGAGGCUGUUCUUUCUUCCGGCGGAGUGGCAUCACUAAGUGUCACCCUCUGUGAGUCUAUCACAAGCCCUCCGAUGGUCACUUGCAAAAUUGAUGGUGUGAGUAAACUCUCAAAUAUAGAGCUCACUAUAGAAGGAAUCCGUGUAUGGAGAGCAUACGGGAUUCUUCAAGGAAGCAAAAAAUUGUUCGAGAACCAACCUUUCCAGGGUAGAUACCAGAAAGGCCACCUAGUUCCUGUUAAAAUCUUGCGUUACAGCCUUGAAAGUGUCCUUGCCACAUUCAUCUACACCAACUGCGUGCCGCAAAUUGCAAGUUUCAACGGAGGUCAGUGGAAAAGGUAUGAACAGAGAAUAGAGAAAUACGCCCGGAAAACUUGUUCUCCGAACGGUGGAACCCUUUUCCUAAUCACUGGUACAUCGAAGGUUAAGUUUUUCCGGAAACGUGAUCGUCAAGGUAAAAUAAAAGCACUUAAAGAGAUGAAACCUCUGCAGUGGUUCCAUAACAAGGUGGAUGUAAACAAGAAUCUCGGACCAAAGAUCGCAAUUCCAAACUCAAUGUGGACGGUGGGCUGUUGUUUGAACUUAAAAAAGAAUAAAGUCGUGGGAGCGUUUGGUGUAAUGGGUGAUAAUUCUUUAGACCAACAGCUCUUAAAUGAAUUUAUGAUGUCCGAACAAAACGUCGCAUAUGUUGAAAGCGCCCUUCAAUUAGAGGAUCCAAAUAUUAAGUUGUUUCCUAACGGCGACGAUUGCCAUGAGCCAAAAAAAAAAAAUUUGAUUGAUUGA